AUGUUUAUGACUGCUGCUGUUCUCGCCGAGAUCUGUUCCGCGUUACCAUUAAGCGGCUCUAUUUACAUAUGGGCUGCAGAAAGUGCUGGUCCAAAGCAUGCCAGAUUCUUCGGCUUCCUCGUUGCUUGGUGGGCAUGUACUGCAUGGAUGACCUUUACCGCGAGCAACUGCCAAGCCACAGCCAAUUAUAUCGUUUCUCAACUUGCUGUUUGGGAGAUUGACUUCCCUGGAGGUGCCGGAAAUGACAAUAUCCGGUGGCGGGCUCUGAUAUGGGCAAUAUCCGAAGGAAUGUUGUUGUUGUCGGUGGCUAUCAACUACCUACCGCCAAAAUUUUAUUCUGGUGUCUUCAAAUUUUCCAUCGGCCUCAUGAUGCUUGACUUUUUCCUGUGUCUCAUCUGGUUGCCCAUCGGUGUUUCGAAUACCUACGGUUUCCGGUCCGCCAAUGAUGUCUUCACGAUGACCUAUAACGGCACGGGAGCCCCACCUGGGUGGAACUGGCUCUUAUCUUUGUUAUUCACAGCGGGGACCCUGACUGGCUUUGAUGCCUCAGGACACAUCGCCGAGGAGACCAAGAAUGCUAGUGUGGUUGCAGCCAAAGGGAUUCUGUGGAGUGCAAUUGCAACAGGUGUUUUGGGCUUCAUCACGACCAUUCUGUUUUUGUUCUGUACACCAGACCUCGACACCGUGUUCGCCCUCGAUGCACCACAGCCAUUCGUGCAGAUCUACGCGCUCGCUCUUGGAAGGAAAGCCAGUAUCUUUAUGACUAUUAUUGCGGUCAUCGGCCUGAUCAUGAACACAACUGUUGCUAUUGUCGCGUCCUCGCGCCUUGUGUUCGCGGUCGCAAGAGACGGGGUUUUACCAUUGUCCGGAUGGAUCGGCACUGUCGACUCGAAAGGACAACCUCGCAAUGCAGUGACCGUCAUCUACAUCUUUGCAGCCAUUCUUCUCUGUACGAUCAUUCCCAGUCAGGUGGCAUUCACAUCGUUGGUCUCAGCCGGGGCUGCCCCGACCAUUGCGGCAUAUGGCCUUAUCGCUUUGCUGCGCUUGACGAUGACACCCGAUCGUUUCCAGUCCUCUCAUUUCAAGCUGGGAAAAUACGCCAAGCCAAUCUAUGUUUGCGCUGUCUUAUUUAAUGCACUGGUAUUUGCGGUCGAUAUAUCACCAUUUGAGUUCCCUGUCAACGCUCAGACAUUCAAUUUUGCCACCGUUAUCUUUGGCGCAAUUUCCAUUUUCGCUUUCCUCAGUUGGUACUUCACUCCUGAAGAAAAGUGGCUCAGGAAGGAUCAGAUACUCAAGGCAUAUGAGACAGCCGAUCAUCCUGAGGAUGAGUAA